AUGGGUCCCCGACAAGAGCCUCAGAACUUUCAAAGGCCUCCUCCAAACAACUACAGACCCAGUGGUCCUCAGCCUCCAAAUCAACCUCAACACUUCCGACCUCAACUACAAAGGAGAGCUGAGUCGCCCACACAAAAUCAAGAUUAUCAAAGGGUCUACAUAAAUCAACCGGAUAAGAAGCCUUUGAACUUCAACCCGGUCCCUAGAGAUUCUCAAGCCCUCCCAUCUCAGCCACAGUCUCCUAAAACCCCUCAGCCUCCUCCUAUACCGAGACAAGCUCCUCCUCAAAAUAUCGUGAGGAGACCGAACCCUUGGGUCUUGCUCAAGCAGAAACUACCUGCUGACGUUAGACAGCAAUUUGUACCAAUAAGACGGCCUCAGUUUGAAGGCAGGCCGAUGCAGCCCUCAGAUCAAAAUGUCAUGCAAAGACCUCCAGGAGAUGGGCAGACAGUCAACACAGGAUUGGGUAGAGGGAGCCCUAAUCCGGGUAUGCAAAGUCCCAACCCAGGAAUGCAAAGCCCUCCAAAUAUGAUGUAUAAUGGAAGGCCACCCUCUGGAAACAAUCCCCAAAAAUUUGGGACACCUAUGCAAAGACCGAUGCCACAAGAAGGGAGGGAAAGCCCUUCACCUCUUCCUCCACAAGGAGUACAGAGAGUGAUGAGUGGUGGCGAUAGGAGACAGCCUUUUGACAUGCAGAGAAAUGAUUCCGUAAGAAGUAUGGAGCCCAGAGGUAUGAAUCCUCAGUCAGGUAUGUUCUCCCCCAAUCCUCCUCGUCCGAUGGGAGAAAGAGGCAGAGAGACUCCACCGGGUCCUCCACGAACUCCUAAAGAUGAUGAUGACGAUGUAGUUUACAGUUCUGUAAAUGAUCCGCGAAUGAACAGAGUUCAUACACCUACGAUGAGACCCCCCAGUGGUCCUAGGCCGGGUUUGCCUCCUGAUUUGAAUAGUUCUCCCAGACCACUUUCUCGAACAGAGAGUAGACAAAGCUUUGAGGUUAGGGCUCCCUCAGGACUAGACAACAGAGGAGAACCGAAACUUAUUCCUAGAGAGAGUCCUCUCGCGAGGCCUUUGAGCUCAGACAUGGUAAAAACACCAUUUCAGUACAGGCCCGACAGCCAAAGUACUCCACCACUCUCUCCCAAGCCCGACUUUCAAAGUCCAAGGCCACAGAGUAUUUCUCCACAGGACAGUUUGGAUCGGCAAAGAAUUGAAAGCAGAAGCAUAACUCCAAAUAACUCACCAAUGACACCAAAGCCGACACCAGAUUUAAGACAAACCUCUAGAAGUGAUGAUUCUAAAUCAGAUUCUGGUAAGUUAACUCCAUCUAAUGGGGAGGACAACAGAACAUCUCCUGCGCCCCCAGCGGAUCAGACAAACAAAACAGGACCCUCCGGUGUUGGCCCAGAGAAACCACCCUCUGUUCUGAGUGGUUCUGUUUCACCUAUCCCUAAAUCCAAUGAUCAGUCUCGCAUAACAACUCCCCUUCCGGUUGGGAAAGAUAAUCAGCAAAGCGAUCAAUUGAAUUCAAAAAGUCCAGAUAUUUCACAGAACAGUACUCCUAUAUCAGUAAAAGGGAAUGAAUCAACUGCAGGGACCCCAUUACCUGAAAAAGACAGUGGGUCUCAUUCACGUGAGGAUACACCAAGCAAAACCCCUGAUAUUAGUGAGAAUUUCGAUCAUUCAAAUAAAACUGAGAGACCAAAAUCAUUAAAGAGAUCCCCAUCUUUGAAACAAGAUCUUGGUAAUAGCUCUGACAACGAAGGGAGGAAGACUCCUUUGGUAAGGACACCUUCACGGACGUCCUCUGCAGGAAAAGGAAAUGACCCCAGGUCCCCUUUACAGAGGAAACCAAGUGGGAAAAGACCAAAAACUCCCAAAACUCCAGAUGGUGAUCAUGACAGUGGUGUUGAUGAGAGUACGCAGAGAAAAGAUGGACCAACAACUAAUGGGCUCUCAUCCCCAUCAAAGUCACCAUCAAAAAUCCCUGCCCCAAAGAAACUUUCUACAUUGCCCUCACCGACGAAAUCAUCUAAGAAUUCUCCAAAAACCCCAGAAGCUCCACCAACAGCUGAGAAAAAGAGCACAACUACUUUGGGGAUCAUGGAGGGAUUCAGCCCCGCAUAUUUGGCAUUACCCCCCAAAAGUCGCAUACCUUUGAAAAAUUCUACCCAAACUCAGACAGCCAUUGAAGUUCCUAUGAAUAAAAUUCAAGUGGGUGCAGCUCCAUCACCAAACCUUAAAACAGUCAAGUCGAAAAUCGGUUCCCUGCAAAAUGCAACUCAUAAACCUGGUGGUGGAAAUGUAAAAAUUGAGCAUCGGAAGCUGGACUGGAAAGCUGAGCCCAGGAUAGCAGCAAAGAACGACGCAUAUCAGCCUGGUGGUGGGGAUAAGAAGAUACCUCAAGUAAAACUGAAGUGGGAGGCUAAACCUAAAGUGGGUUCUCUGGACAAUGCAACACACAAGCCUGGCGGUGGCGAGAAGAAGAUUGAAAGUGUCAAACUGGACUUCAAAGAUAAAGCAAAACCAAAAGUAGGAUCUAAGGAUAACCUCAAACAUACUCCAGGAGGAGGAAAUGUCAAGACCCCUUCGCAGGACGGGUCCCAGGAUGGCAACCCAGCUGACAUUGAAGAUCAAAAACUUGAGGUUAAAGCUCAGAGCAAGAUUGGAUCUCUUGAUAACGUAAAGCACAAACCAGGAGGUGGGGAUAGAAAGAUCUUCGAUGACAAGGAGUACCUUCGCCAGAUGAGUGGAUGCACCAGCAGGGCGGCCAGUGAGGGAAUUCCAUCAGGAACUCAGGAUGGUUGGAGGAGUGCUAGUGCUUCAAGACGUACAUCCAGGGAUCAGCAGACAUGUGGAGACAGAAGAUACCGGUCCGAGUCCCGCCUGGGCCUUCGUACACCAGAACCGAGGAUGGGCAUGAGUCCUAGAGAACACGAGCACUGCAGUUUGUGGGAUAAGCACGACCAGGAAACCAAGGCUUUGGUCCAGGAAGAGGAAAGUCCUGAGAUAAAAACUCCAGAUCUUGUCACAUCUGUGAAAGAGACAAGGGCACAGGAAAAUACCAUAGCAGAGCUCACCAGUGAAGGUAAAGACCUCAACUCUAACCAACCAAUCGAAAAUAUCAACGCAAUUGAAGCAAACUUCACUAUUACACCCAAACCAGACAAAAUCUCUACAUGCGUAGAUAAAGCCGCUAAACAAGAGGGAAAAGAAAAUAUCGUGAUCACAGAACAGAAGAGACAGGACAAUGGAGACACCAAAGAUACACAAAAUAAGCAACAUGACAAUGAAGGAUUAACAGCAGCUACUGUAAGCAAACCUCUGGAAAUGGAAAAAAACAAACAACAGGACAGUAAGUCACUAAAAACUGAUAAGGAGGAUAAUUUUAUUGAAAUUGCAACAACUGAUGUUAAACAUACAAAAGAAAUAGCAAAUAAGAAAAAUGACCAACAAGGAUCAGCAACAAAUGUAAAUAAACCUCAGGAAGUUGAGGAAAAAAGCAAAGUAAAGAAUAACACAUCACUUGCAGAAAGAAUCAAACUGCAGGAUAGUACAUCUCAUGUGGAUAAAAGCAAACUCCAGGAUACUUCAUCUCAUGUGGAUAAAAGCAAACUGCAGGAUAGUACAUCUCAUGUGGAUAAAAGCAAACUGCAGGAUAGUACAUCUCAUGUGGAUAAAAGCAAACUGCAGGAUAGUACAUCUCAUGUGGAUAAAAACAAACUGCCGGAUAGUACAUCUCAUGUGGAUAAAAGCAAACUGCAGGAUAGUACAUCUCAUGUGGAUAAAAGCAAACUGCAAGAUAGUACAUCGUCUAAAACUGAAAAGGGGGAUAAGUUAAGUGAAACUGCAAAAACAGGAAGUGUGAAAAACACCACAGAAAUAACAGAGCAAAACCAAAAUGUUUACAAGAAACUAGAAUCAAAAGAAGAUACUGUAAAGGAAAUCAAAGAGAUUGAUUGCAAAGAAGCCGUUGGUAACAUCAAUGUUUCAAACUCACCUGACAGUGGUGUUUCUAUUUCAUCUGGUAAUGUAAAUAAUCAAAACCGCGCAGAUGGCAACAUGAUGCAAUCAGAUGUAAACACUUUGUUUCCCAAACCAGGAACAAAACAAAUGUAGUCUUGUAGUUUUAUACAAGUAAACUAACUAACUAUAUUUUCAUUUUGAAAGUUUUGCCUUUUGUCAAAUAAACAUUCCAUCUACUAAUUAUGGAGCUUUUUUCAAAGUUUUGUCUAUUUUCACAACAAGUUAAUGAUUUGCAUUAUCUUUUUUACUUAUUAACGUUUUACACAAACUGUAAGUCUAGAACAGUAGUUACUGUUUGUGGUCAGGAUAAACUCCAGGAAAACCAAUACAGUAUUGGUACUAUGAAAAUGUUUAUCUGAAUUGUAUCUUGUCAUGUUUCACUCCUUUUACUCUUAUAAAAUAAUUAUUUAUACUUACAAAAAAAUCAUAUCAAACGAUAAUGUGUAUACAAAUAUAGAUCAUGGCUUUCUAUCUUAAAAAACACUGAUUUGCUUAAGGAUAUUUUAAUUUAUAUAUAUUGACAGAAACAAAAAUAAAACCGGAAUUAUUUAACCUUUACAGGUUUUGU